AAUGAUUGUAUAGGUGCUACUGCUCUAUGGUGUGCUGCAGGAGCUGGCCACCUUGAAAUAGUUUCCCUCCUUCUCCUUCAAGGAGCUAGAAUUGAUCAUGAAACUAAAACUAAAUCAACCCCACUCAGAGCUGCCUGUUUUGAGGGUAGGCUUGAUAUAGUUAGUUUCCUAUGUGAGCAGGGAGCAGAUAUUGAGCGUGGAAACAAAUAUGAUAAUACCUGCCUUAUGAUAUCUUGUUAUAAAGGUCACCGUGAGGUGGUUGAAUACCUACUGGCGCAAGGUGCUGAUCCAAACUCCAAGGCUUUGUGUGGAGCAUCAGCUUGUCAUUUUGCUGCAGAAACAGGAAAUAUUUAUAUUGUGGAGGCAUUACUUAAUAAUGGAGCAAGAAUGGAUGAGAACAAGCAUGGGAUGACCCCGCUGUUAUGUGCUGCUGAAAGAUGUCAGGCUAUGAUGGUAGAAUAUCUAAUAGAACGACCUGAAGUGUCCAAGGAAAUGGCUGUGACUGCAAUGGAAUUGCUUGGAGCAAGCUUUGCCAAUGACAACGAUAAUUAUGAUAUUGGUACAAGCUAUUCUUACUUACACCGUGCAAUGAAGCUUAGAUGGGAAGAUCCAAUUAUCCAGAAAUCAAAUCUGGUUCAAACUCCAGCUUAUGACAACCGACUCGAAUCCAGAACUGUUGAAGAGCUGGAAAGUAUUGCAGAGAAUCCGGACUCAAUUCAUAUGGAGGGCCUUUGUAUCAGAGAACGUGUGUUAGGAAAAGAGAAUCCUGAACUUCCAUACAUAAUUAUAUUUCGAGGAGCAAUAUUUGCAGAUUCAUCAAGAUUUGAUAGGUGUACCCUGCUCUGGUUGCACGCUCUCUCUCUUCGCCUUGGAACCAAAACUUCCGUCUCUAAAGAUCUUCUAAGAUUUGCCCAGAUGUUCAGUCAGAUGUACAAAUCUGGACAUGGAUUAAACCUGGAUCAGGUGACUAGUGUUCUAGCAUCUACAGUUCAAGAAAUAUCAUGGAAUAUCGAGAAGAUUAGCUUAACAGAGAAGGAGGAGAAAGAGAGUAUGGAGGAUGAACUAGAGCAGAAUAUGUUGACAGCUCUCUACCUGAUUAUUAUUAUUGUCAAAAAGAUCGAGAAAUCAUCUGUACCAGAGUCAGCAAUGAAGGAGGUUUACAAACUAGUGCAUCUAAAUCCUAUAACAUCUACAGGUUGCUCUCUGCUACAUCUAUCUGUGAACCAACAAACUGCUGUAGAUGAUUUUCAUACUAACGAAGUAUGCAAGUUUCCUUGUAUUGCUACAACCAAAAUAUUGCUUCAGGCUGGAGCUGACCCCCAAGCUAUGGAUUCACAAAGAAAUACUCCUCUCCAUAUAAUUGUUUCUUACACGAGAAUUGUGGCGGAUUUCAUUACACUUCAUACCAUCAUAAUUUCUCUUCUUGAAGCAGGUGCCCACAUUGACUGUGUAAAUAGUUUAGGACAAACCCCUCUCGACGCUGCUACUUCAGGAGUUGCUGAGAUUAUAUUAAAGUCUCAAACCAAGAUGAGCCUGAAAUGCUUGGCAGCUAAAUCAGUUAGAAAAUACAACCUUACUUAUCAGGGCCAGGUUCCUCAGUGUCUUGAAUCAUUUAUCCAGAUCCAUGGCCCUUAAUCUACCUUCAUCUACCUUCAGUACCAGGGGUCAAAGGACCAGAUUUAAUGAAUGGCCAUGCAUGGUUGAACUGUGCAGACGUGGUUCAACCACUUCUCCCCAGCUUUAACCGGUAAACAGGAGAAGUGGUUCAACUUAAUCUGCUCGACUCAGCUACUUAUCGCUAUUGAUUGAAUCUGGUUCUUAAUAUAUAAUAUAUACAGGGUGUCCCACGAAACAUGACAAUAGCAAGACGACUUGAAAGUCGUCUUUGGUAU